AUAGGGAUCUUAAAGCUAGCAAUGUGCUGCUUGAUAGUGAGAUGAAUCCCAAAAUUUCAGAUUUUGGCUUGGCUAGGGCUUUCGGAGGUGAUCAGUCAUCCGCAAAAACAAAAUGGGUGGUUGGAACUUAUGGUUACAUGGCUCCCGAAUAUGCAAUCGAUGGCCUAUUUUCAACAAAAUCAGAUAUUUUUAGCUUUGGAGUCAUAGUUUUGGAGAUAAUGAGUGGCAAAAGGAAUAGAAAAUUCCAUCACGCAGACCAUGAUCUAAAUCUUCUUGGACAUGCAUGGAAACUUUGGAUUAACGGAAAUGCUUUUGAAUUAAUAGAUCCAGUGAUGGAGGGUUCUUUUCCAAUGUCUAAGGUGUUGAGAUGUAUACAGAUUGGUCUCCUAUGUGUGCAGAAAUGCCCCGAAGACAGGCCGACUAUGUCGUCUGUGGUCUUAAUGUUGGUUUCAGAUAUUGUAGAUUUGCCCCGACCCAAGCAACCUGGCUUUUAUAUUGAGAGGAGUUCCAAAGAGACGCAUGAACGUUCACCGGCUCAAAGUUCUCCGAGCAUCAAUAAAGUGACAAUGACCCAGCUAGAGGCUCGCUAAAAUAUGUCGUCUGUGGUCUUAAUGUUGAUUAUGUUAUUUUUGGAGAAGAGCCAACUGAUGGCUGUAACCAAACCCCUAGAGGCUCUGUUUCAAUACCGUUGUGUACCUUCAUUAUAAUCAGUGUAAUUUUGAUUGAAGAACUAAGUAUUUUCGCUAUGAAGUAAUCUCACUAAGAUCGA